AUGGAAGUUAUGGAUACCAUGACUUUACUGGAACAUAAAGACACUUUAAAUAAAUACAAAACUGUAUCACUCUUAACAGCUUUAACUGAUGAUAUCGAAGACACUACUACUACAACAGAAACACACGAUAUGCCAAAACACACAAGACCGUUAAAACCUAAAACUGAUGAAAUCUUAUCAGGAGAUAUCGUAGAGAAGACAACGGAAGAGGAAAUUCAAGAGGAAAUUAUCGAAGAAACUCCUACGAAAAAGAUCGUUAAAAGGAAGAAAAAGCCACAGAAAAUAAUUGAUGAAGUUACUGAAGAAAUAGUUGAAGAAUUGAUAAUAGAAAAACCAAAGAAAGAAAAAGUUCGACCAGUCACAGAUGAAAAGGAAGAAAUAGAAAUUACUGAAAAAAUAAUUAAAAAGAAAAAACCAAGAAAACAAGAUCAAGCUAUGGUUGUUACUCAAGAAAUAAUAGAAAAAACAUCUGACGAAAGUCAAAUUAUGAAAGAUCAACAAAUAGUUGAGAUUGUUGAAACACCAUCGAAAAAAGUCAUCAAAAAGAAGAAAAGUACAAUUUCGGAAUCUGGAAUACCUGAGGAACGUAUUGAGGAAAUUGUUAUUGAAAAACCAAUAACUGCUGAAGCAUUGGAAGAAAUUAUUUUGAAGGAAGGUAUACAAAUUACAGAAAUAAUAACUGCAUCUUAUACAGAUGAGUUACCACAACGAGAAAAAAUAUCACCAGAAGAAGCAAUCAAAACCAAACUUGAAGAAGAAAAAGAAAAAGUCAAGGUAAUCGAUGUCACUGUUAAAAAAGCACCAAAGAAAAAGAAAAAAGCUGAUGACGUUGAAGAACAAGUAGUCGAGGAAUUGGUCGAAGAAAUCAUUUCGAAAAAACCUGAAAAGAAGAAAGUUCAACCAACUGUUACAACUGAAGAAGGUGUAGAAAUAACUGAAAUAAUUUCAGAAGAUACAACUGAAUCGAUUCCAGAAUUAAAAGUUAAGAAAGAUGUUGCUAAAAAGAAAGAAGAAAUAAUUGAAGAAAAGAUUACAAAGGAUCAAGUUAUAGUAAUGAAAGCUCCGAAGGAAACUAAAGAAGAAAUAACAGAAAUAAUUGAAGAGCCUUUCGAAACGGAAAAACCAAAAGAGGAAAAAGCAAUUGUACUUGAAGAAGAUAAAAAAGAAACACCAAAGACAACAAAGAUUUCGAUUAAAAAGGCACCAAAGAAACCUGAAAAGGUUCAAGAAGAAAUUCCUAAGAAAAAGGAAGAGGAACAACAGGAGGAUAUCGUGAAAGAACUUAAAUUGGAUGAACCAAUUAAGGAACAACAGAAGACAACGAUCAUAACUCAAGAAGGUAUUGAAACAACUGAAGUAAUUACAGAUGUUAUGACGAGUGAAAUACCAACAGAAGAAAUACCAAAGAAAGAAAAAGGAAUUCCAAUUGAAGAAAAACCACAAGAAAAACCUGAAAUAACAGAAGUGUCUGUUAAAAAGGCACCUAAAAAGAAACCCAAAGAAGAAAAACCGAAACCAGAAAUUAAAGAAGAAAAACCAGAAAUUAAAGAAGAAAAACCAGAAAUAAUUGAGGAAGUACCCAAAGUCGAAGAGAAACCUGAAACUAAACCUGAAAAAUUAAAGAAAAAACGGGUAAUUGAAGAAAAGGAAGAACCAAAAGAGAAGAAACGAAAACCAAAAGUAAAACUGGAACACGAAGAUUUCAAACCAACCGAAUUUGAUAGACCAGAACUUGAAAAGUAUGUACCAGAAGAAAUUGAGAAACCUGAAGAACCAAAACCAGAACCGAAACCAAAACCAUACGUUAAAGAAAAACGUAAGAAACCUGAUCAAGAAAUCGAAGAAGUUCCAAUUAUUCCGGGCAAACCAAAAUCACCAGAACCAGAGGAAGAACCCGAGGUGAAGUUUAGAAUACCCCAGAAAGAAAAACCGGAAGAGGAACCUGAAACGAUUAAAUUAAAGGGAUGGAAAAAAGACAAACCAGAAGAUGAGGGUACAGAAGAAUUCCCUAAAGAGGAAGAGGAAGAAGUUCAAAAAGUUCCAAAAGAUGAAACGGAAGAAGUUACAAUAAGGCCCAAAAAGAAAGAAAAGAAACCCAAAAAGAAACCUACAGAAGAGGUUCCUGAAGAAGUAACGAUUGAGAAACCUGUUGUUCCGGAGGACGAGAAGAAAGAGGAAGAGGUAGAAGAAGUUACCUUGAAGAAAAAACCAAAGAAAAAGCCAGUUCCUGAAGAAGUAACUGAGGAAGUAGUCUUGCAAAAGCCUGAGCCUAAAGAAGAUGUUCCAGAACCAAUUACUGAAGAAGUCGAGGUAAAGAAAAAACCAAAGAAGAAGCCUAUAAAGGAAGAAGAAGCUGCUGAUGAAGUUAUUAUCAAAAAGCCUGUAGUUGUUGAAGAAGAAAAGGAAGAAAUAACAGAAGAAAUUACAAUAAAGAAAAAACCAAGGAAAAAGCCAGUUCCUGAAGAAGUUCCUGAAGAAAUUGUCUUGAAAAAGGUUGAACCCAAAGAAGAGGAAAAAGCUCCAGAACCAGUAACUGAAGAAGUAACGAUAAAGAAAAAGCCAAAGAAGAAACCUGUAAAGGAAGAAGCACCUGAUGAGAUUACGAUUGAAAAACCUGUUGUUACAGAAGAAAAGGAAGUAAUAGAAGAAGUUACUUUGAAGAAAAAACCAAAGAAAAAGCCUGUUCCUGAAGAAGUGGUUGAAGAGAAAGUACUGAAGAAACCAGAACCUGAAAAGGAAGAGAAGGUUCCUGAAGAAGUAACCGAAGAAGUAGCAAUAAAGAAGAAACCAAAGAAGAAGCCAGUAACUGAAGAAGCUGCUGAUGAGGUGACCAUCAAGAAACCUGUUGUUGUAGAAGAGAAAAAAGAAGAGGUGAUAGAAGAGGUCACAUUAAAGAAAAAGCCGAAAAAGGAACCAGUUCCCGAAGAAGUCGAAGAGGAAAUAGUUUUGAAAAAACCAGAACCUAAAAAGGAAGAAAAGGCUCCUGAAGAAGUUACUGAAGAAAUUGCGAUAAAGAAGAAACCUAAAAAGAAACCCGUAACCGAAGAAGCUGCUGAUGAGGUUACAAUUAAGAAACCUGUUGUUGUCGAAGAGAAAAAAGAAGAGCCAGUUGAGGAAAUUACUCUGAAAAAGAAACCAAAGAAAGAACCAGUUCCUGAAGAAGUUACUGAAGAGGUUGUAAUUAAAAAACUGGAACCAAAAAAAGAAGAAAAGGCUCCUGAAGAAGUUACUGAAGAAAUUGCAAUUAAGAAAAAACCAAAGAAGAAGCCAGUAACUGAAGAAGCUGCUGAUGAGGUAACUAUUAAGAAACCUGUUGUUGUUGAAGAGGAAAAAGAAGUGCCAGUAGAAGAAAUUACUCUGAAAAAGAAACCAAAGAAAAAACCAUCUGUUACUGAAGAAAUUGAAGAAACUGAAGUAACUUUAAAGAAAGCAGAGAAAAAAGUAACGAAGGAGGAUGAAGUGCAAGCUGAUAUCACGUUAAAGAAAAAGAAAGAAGUUAAACCUAAAGUAGAAGAGGAAGAAGCAGAUGAAUUAACGAUCCAACGGAAGGAAGAAAUAGAAGAACCGGUGGAAGAAGAAUUGAUUGGUGAAUUUACAAUUAAACGUAAACCACCGAAACAAGCACCUAAACAAGUCGAAGAAUUGUAUGAAGAUGUUACAUUACGUAAAUUACGACCUAAAAGAAAACCUAGAACAGAUAUUAAAGAAGUUACUGAGGUAGAAAACGUAACAUUUAGACCACGCCGUACCAAAACUAAAGAAGAUGUUGAACAAGAGUUUAAAAUCUCACUUAACACAUACGAAGAAGAAGAUAUUUCUAUGUCUGGUAAAGUUCGUUUAAAACCAAAGAAACGUCCAAUGACAUAUUCGGAAGAAACUGGUGAAGAAACGAUUCGACUUAUUCAAGAAGUUGAAGAUGAUUCUGGUCCUGUCAUAGAAGAAAUCAUUGAUGAAUCUGAUGAAGAGGGUAAAGGUGAAUAUAGUAUUGAAGAAUUGGAAACCGAUGAAAUGAAACUUCCUUUGAGAAGAAAAGUCAAGAAACAACCUCGUCCAUACUCUGUAGAAGAAUUCGAGGAAGGAGAUGUACAAAUGAAACUGAAACGUGAAAGAAAAUACUCGUACGAGGAAACAGAUGAAUCCUUGGCUUUGAAAUUAAAAGCUAAAAGACGUCCAUCUACUUACGAUGAAGAAGAAGCAACACUUAGCAUCACCAGGGAAGAAGAUAUUUACGAAGAAGAUGUGGAGUAUGUUGUUCGUGAUGGUGAUACGAUGUAUUCAAUUUGUUCAUACGUAGCAGAAACAGAUGAAGCAAUUAAUCUUGUUGAAGGUGAAAAAGUAUACAUAAUUGAUCAUACAAAUCAAGACUGGUGGUUUGUAAAGAAAAAUUUAACAGAAGAAAAAGGAUGGGUACCAGCGCAAUAUUUGUUAGAUGAAGUACAUUACACUAUUUAUUUACAACGUAAAUUACACGAAAAGAUCGACAAAUUACCUGUAUUUGAAAAACCAGCACCAGGAGAAAAGGCAUCUGCUCCAAGAUUUAUUGAAAAAUUACAACCAAUUCAUACACCGGAUGGAUAUACAGUACAAUUCGAAUGUCAAGUAGAAGGUGUACCAAGACCUCAAAUAACUUGGUUCCGCCAAACAGCCAUCAUUAAACCAUCACCAGACUUCCAAAUUUAUUAUGAUGAUGAUAAUGUAGCAACUUUAAUUAUCAGAGAAGUUUUCCCCGAAGAUGCAGGUACAUUUACUUGCGUUGCCAAGAAUACUGCAGGAUUUGCAUCUAGCACGACGGAAUUAAUAGUGGAAGCUCCUUUAUCUGACCAUGGUUCAGACUUAACUGGACCAUCCAGGAAAAGUUUGUCGAGAGAAUCUUCCCUUGCUGAUAUUCUCGAAGGAAUUCCACCAACUUUCUCUCGAAAACCAAAAGCAAAAUAUGUCAACGAAGGUGAUGAUGUGAUACUUGAAAGUCGUCUGGUAGCAGUACCAGAACCUGAAAUAACAUGGUAUUACAAGGAUACGCAGAUAACCAGCAAAGAAAAUAUUGUCAUCACGAGUGAAAGUGAUAUGCACAUGUAUUGUAGUAUAGUCAAAAUUUCUAAAGUACAGAAAAAACAAGAAGGAAGGUAUAAAAUUGUUGCUAAAAAUAGAGAGGGUGAGGCUAGCAUCGAAAUACCUUUGAAGGUCAAAACUAAAGACAACGAACCACCAGAAAUAUUAGAACCAUUACAAUCAUAUGUUGUACGAGAAGGAGAAACCGUUGUGUUAUCAACUCAAAUUGUUGGUAAUCCAGCACCAAAAAUAGUAUGGUAUAAAGAUGGCAAACCGAUUAAAGAUUUAACACCGCAACAAGAUGGUCAUGUUAAUACAUUGACCAUAAUACAACCAAAAUCAGAAAAUUCAGGAGAAUAUUCUGUCGUUGCUACUAAUAAUCUUGGCAAAGCUGAAACUCAAGCAACAUUGAUGGUUGAAAAAAUACCAAGUGGUGCACCCGAACCACCAUUAUUUACUGAAAGGUUCCAAGAAGUUGUAGUACCGGAAAAAGGUACCUUCAAACUUGUUGCAAAAGUUACUGGAAAUCCUGUCCCAGAAAUAACUUGGUUAAGAAAUAACGAGCCAUUGGAAAAAUCACCAAAUCUAAAAAUAAGUUACGACGGGGAAAAUAUUUCUCUUGAAAUUAAAAAUGCUGAUUCGGAAACAGAUUCUGGAGAUUAUAAAUGUGUUGCCAGUAAUCCAGUUGGAAAGGCUUCACAUGGAGCUAAAGUUACCGUAGAUGUUGAUAAAGUAACGUUUACAAAGAAAUUAAAAGAAAAAGUGACAGUUGACGAAUACAAAAUGCUAGAACUUGUAUGUGAAACCUCACAUACGGUUUCUACAACAUGGUGGCAUAAUGAAAAAGAAAUCAGUGGUAUGGAUCAUCGUGAGAUUGUUCAAGAAGGACGAGUUCAUAAACUGAUCAUCAAAAAGACAAAUGCAAUAGAUGAAGGCACAUACAAGUGUACUGUCAAAAAUCAGACAACAUCUAGCACUGUCACUGUCAAACCUGCUAAACCUGAGUUUACGAGAAAGUUACAAGACUUUGAAGUGAAGGAACGUGAAACAGCAAUUUUAGAAGUUGAAAUAACAUCUGAGACUGUCGAUGUUGAAUGGUAUAAAGAUGGAGUACCAUUGAAACCGAGCAAUGAAAAACUAGACUUUGUAAAAGAAGGCACCGUAAGAAAAUUACUUAUCAGAAGUACAUCGGUUCAUGAUGAAGGAGAAUACACGUGUACGUUACUUAAUCAACAAUGUACAGCUGAAGUUACUGUUGUUGAAUUACCACCAGAAAUUAUUACUAAGAUGCAAGAUGUAACAAUAGCUAGAGGAGAGAAAGCUAUUUUCGAUAUUGAAUUGACCAAAGGUGAUGCAUUAGUGCGCUGGUUUAAGGAUAAUCAAGAAUUACAAUUCUCAGAACAUGUGCAACUUUCUAUCGAUGGCAAGAGACAAAAAUUGAAGAUCUAUGAUACAGAAUCUGAAGAUGCAGGUGUCUAUUCUUGUCAAGUUGGAGAACAAACAUCUUCAGCUAAAUUAAUUGUCGAAGAACCUGGUGUAGAUUUUAUUGCUAAAUUACCAGAUGUUACGUUGGUACCAUUGAAUAAAGAUGCUACUUUCCUUAUUGAAAUAUCUCAAUCAAAUAUUCCAGUCACAUGGUUAAGAAAAGGAGAAAUCAUCAAAAAGUCUGAAAAAUAUGUUAUUAUUGAUGAGGAUAAUGUAAAGAAACUAAUCGUGAAAAAAUGUACGACAGAAGAUAUUGCAGAAUACACAGCUGUUGUAACAAAUGUAAAAACAUCAUCAAGAUUAAAAGUUGAAGUUAUAGAAACACCACCAAAGAUUAAUCCAAAUACUCAGACGAAAUAUACAGUGAACAAAGAAGAUGACAUCGAAAUUAUAGUUAAAUUCACAGCAACACCAAUGCCAACAGAUGAAUGGACUGUUGAUGGUCGUAUUGUUACAAAAUCUAAGAGAAUUACUCCUUCGAUAGAUGAAGAAUCUGCUGUGUUAACUAUUACAAAAGUACAGGAAGAAGAUGUUGGUGAUUACAACUUGAGACUAUUCAACCCACAUGGUGAUACUUCUAUAGUAAUAAGUGUUACAAUUGCUCAACCACCCAGCAAACCAGGUACUCCAGAACCUUUAGAAUUAACAGAUGAAAGCAUUACAUUACAUUGGAAAAAACCAGAAUCAGAUGGAAACUUGCCAAUUACAGAAUACAUUUUAGAAUACCAUGAGAAAGUUGAAACUUCAUGGAUCAAAGUUACAGAAAAGAUUACCGAAACAAGUCAUAAAGUAACAAAAUUAACAACAAACAAGGAAUAUACUUUCCGUGUAACAGCUGUUAAUAAAAUAGGUCUUAGCGAAUCAUCUUCAGAAUCACCAUAUUUCAAAAUUGUAAAACCAUCAGAAUUAGAGCCACCAAUUAUUUUAGAACCACUGAAAAGUGUAAGUGUAGGUUUAAAACAAAGUGUAACACUUUCUUGUGUUAUUGGUGGAUCACCAGCACCGGAAAUUACGUGGUUCAAGAAUAAUCAACCGUUUGCUAAUGCUAAUAUGACUUAUGAAAAUCGUGUUGCAAAAUAUACAAUUUUGGAAACAACAGAAACAUCUUCAGCAACAUUUACUGUAAAAGCAGAAAAUGAAGUUGGUACUGCAGAAACCACAUGUGAAUUGAAGAUACAAGAGCCACCAAAAUUGACUGUCGAUGAAACAUUGGCGAAUCAAAAACUACCUGUUAGUUCAGAAUGGAAGAUUGAUGUUCAAACCAGUGGUUUCCCAACACCAGAAGUAUCAUGGGCGAAGAAUAGUCAAAAGAUAAUGGAUAAACGAGUAUCAACUCAUACUGUAGAGAAAAUUUCUACUAUUUCUAUUAACUCUAUUAUCAGAGAAGAUACUGGUACCUAUACAGCAGAAGCAAUUAAUGAAGUUGGUACUUCUUCUCUAGAUGUUCACCUCAAAGUUAUAGAUAAACCAGGUAAACCUCAAGGACCGAUAAUUACAAAAGAAAUCAGGCAAGAUCGUAUCACAGUUGAAUGGAAAGCACCAAUUGAUGACGGUGGUAUUGAAAUAGAAAAAUAUACUAUUGAAAAAUGUGAAACAUCUAAGAUGGAUUGGACGAAAGUAGCUGACGUUGAUAAAGACAUAGAAAGUUUCUGUGUACAAAAGUUACAAUUAGAAGUAGAAUAUAUGUUCAGAGUAAUUGCUAAAAAUUCUGUAGGUGCAUCAGAACCUUUAGAAUCUGAACCAGUAAAGACAAGAAAGACCCAUGAUCCACCUGGACCACCAAGAGGACCUUUAGAGGUUUCUGGUAUGACUAAAACAUCAUUCACAAUAAAAUGGCAAGCUCCAGAAAAUGAUGGUGGUUCGCCAAUCAUAGAUUACACCGUUGAAAUGACAGAGUCAUCAAAGAAAACAUGGCAAAAGGUGGGCAACACAAAGGCUGAGGUGACAAACAUCAGCGUAUCAAACCUAAAAACCGAUAUGGCAUACGAUUUUAGAAUAACAGCAAGAAAUAAAAUUGGAAUAAGUGAACCGUACAUCUCCGAGGAACCAAUAGUAGCUGGCAAGAGAGCAACUCCACCAUCUAGUCCGCUCAAUGUCAAAGUAAUAAACUUUACAAGUAAAAGUGUAACACUUACAUGGUUCCCGCCAGCUAAUAAUGGAGGAACAGAACUUACAGGUUACAUUAUCGAAAAACGACCAUUAAUUGGUAAAGGUUCAAGAUGGAUAAAGGUCGUUACUUUGGAAGCUACAACUCACCAAUAUUGCAUUGAAAAUUUGAAGGAAAGUGAAUUUUUGUUCAGAGUAUUUGCUGAGAACAGUAUGGGUCUCAGUUUACCUACAAACUCAGAACCAGUUACUCUUAAAACUCAUGCUACUGUACCAUCAGCACCUACUGCCCCAUUAGAAAUCAGACAAAUAGCUGCAAAUACAGUGGUUAUAGAAUGGGGUAGACCAGAAUCAGAUGGUGGUGCACCUUUAGAAGGAUAUAGAAUUGUUAUGAGAGAUGCUAAAAAGACUAUGUGGAUUGAAGUAGGACGAGUCAAGGCUGAUAUAUUAAAGAUAAAUAUAAAAGAUCUUCAGGAGAAUCAUGAGUAUCUAGUGAGGAUUUAUGUUAGAAAUGAGGUUGGUCUCAGUGAACCAUUGGAGUCAGAUGAGCCUUUUAAAAUACUACCACCUUCAGAAUUAGCAGUGGUGGAACCAGUCGCAGAAGCAACGGACAAAGGUGAGCCUGCGUCUGUGAGUUUCAGCACAGAAAAUACAAGUUCCUGGCUACGAGAGCAUAACAUGGAUGCUGAUAUUCAUUCUUAUGCUAGAGGAAGACUUCUUAGAAAGGAUGAAUACUUUUUCCGCAUUUGGCAUAAUGCUAAGAAACUAUUCAAAUAAGCAUUUCUACAAUU